GUAACCUCCAACAUGGCGGCAAGGGGCCAUGUGCAAGACCCUAACGACAGAAGACUGAGACCUAUUUACGAUUACCUUGACAAUGGCAAUAACAAGAUGGCAAUCCAGCAGGCCGAAAAACUUCUGAAGAAACACAGGGAUCUUCACUGUGCCAAGGUCCUGAAGGCUAUUGGUCUGCAGCGCACAGGCAAGCAGGACGAAGCCUUCACCCUCGCCCAGGAGGUGGCUGGCCUGGAGCCCACUGACGACAACUCCCUGCAGGCUCUCACCAUCCUGUACCGGGAGAUGCAUCGACCGGAGUUGGUGACUAAGCUGUAUGAAGCCGCAGUCCGGAAGGUUCCGACCAGUGAGGAGUACCACUCCCAUCUCUUCAUGGCUUACGCCCGUGUCGGGGAGUACAAGAAAAUGCAACAGGCUGGGAUGGCCCUCUAUAAGAUUGUUCCUAAAAACCCAUACUACUUCUGGUCAGUGAUGAGUUUAGUGAUGCAGGCCAUCUCCGCGCAGGACGAGAAGCUCUCCCACACCAUGUUUCUGCCUCUUGCUGAGCGUAUGGUGGAGAAGAUGGUCAAAGAGGAGAAGAUCGAGGCUGAGGCAGAAGUGCAGCUGUAUUUUAUGAUUCUGGAGCGUCUGGGGAAAUAUGCGGAGGCGCUGGAGGUCGUGCGGGGACAGCUCGGAGAGAAGCUCACUAGUGAGCUGCAAAGCCGGGAAAACAAGUGCAUGUUUCUGUACGGUCGACUGGAGCAGUGGCCCGAGUGCAACGCCCUGUCCCGAAAACUGCUGCUGAAGAACCCUGAUGACUGGCAGUUCUACUUAUCAUAUUUUGAUUCCUUAUUCAACCUCAUUGACCAGAGCUGGACACCACCUGAAGAAGGCAAUCACUCCGCCGAGGGCGAGGUGCACUGCUCCGUGGCCCAGGCCAUCGGCUUUGUGGAGGAGCGGCUAGCGUCCGAGGAGGUGAAGGAGACGCGGCCCCUGCGGGGCCCCUACCUGGCCCGCCUGGAGCUGAUCAGCCGCCUGCGUCAGAGGGGCUCCCCUGACGAGCAACAGCUGGGAGAACCUCUCGAGCUGAUGUUCCAGUACUUUGUGAAAUUUGGAGACAAGCCAUGUUGCUUCACGGACUUGAAGGUGUUUCUACACCUCCUUUCGCCGGACCAUUAUGUCCAGUUCGUUAACAGGCUGACGGAGGCCGUGCCGCUGGGGCCAGUGGGCGAGGAUGGCGUGGCACUGCCGGGCGACACCCGCGCCCUCCAGAGGCACCUGGGCGCGGCUCAGCUCAGCCGCUGCCUGGGCUUACAGCACGCGCUCAGCACCGACGGCAAACUGGCCCUUAUCCAUGAGCUCAGGGCACACUACCGUCACGGCCUGCAAUUCGGGACAUCCUGUCUAAAGACUGAGCUGCAGUUCUCCGACAUGUACUGCCUCAUGGCUGCCCACGUCUACAUUGACCUGUGGAUAGAGACGGGUAAGGAGCACGUGCUGUGGCAGUGUCUGGGUCUCCUGGAGGAAGGCCUGGCACACAGCCCAUCCAACGCCCAGAUCAAGCUGCUCCUCCUGCUCCUCUUCUGUCGCCUGGGCGCUUUCGAGCCCGUGGUGGACCUUUACUCCAGCCUGGACGCCAAGCAUGUUCAGCAUGACACCAUAGGAUACUUACUGACCCGCUAUGCCGAGUCCUUGGGCCAGUUUGCUGCUGCCUCCCAGGCGUGUAACUUCUCCCUCAGGUUUUUUCACUCAAACCAGAAAGAUACCUCAGAAUACAUCAUUCAGGCAUACAAGUACGGCGCGUUUGAGAAGAUCCCCGAGUUCAUCGCCUUUAGGAACCGCCUGAAUAACUCGCUGCACUUUGCCCAGGUGCGCACAGAGCGGAUGCUGCUGGACCUCUACCUGGACGCUGACAUAUCGUCCACGUUAGAAGAAAGUGUGAAGAACAUGUCCUUGUGUCCCGAAGAAGACGACAUCCCCUGGGACAGCUUGCGGGACAACCGUGAUCUCGACGUGUUUGUCAGCUGGAACCCGAAAGUCCAGCAGCUGAGCAAGGAGCACCGGCAGCUUUCUCUGGAGGAGGAGUCUCUGUGGCUCCGCCUGCGCUCCCUCACGCUCCGGCUGGCCGGCUGCCUCUCGGGCCUGUGCCACUCGCCGCAGGCCCCACCCCCGGCCACGCCCCAUGCGCAGCGCAACGCAGAGAAGAGUGCAGAGAACGGGGUGGCGUCCAAACCCGCCGACAUGCAGCCGCUGCUGGGACAGCUGGAGCGCACGCUCGGCCAGGCGGCACAGUUCACCGACAAGCACGCACACCAGCAGUACCCGUUCCUGGGCCCGCCCCCCACGCGCCUGCCCCAGGCUCUGGCCAACGGGUCAUGCCAGUGCCAGCUGGUCGCCCUGCAGCUGCCCCUGCAUGUCCAGGAGCUGGAGACCUCCGGCCUGGAUCAGUCAGCAGAGCUUCAGGCCCAAAUAGCAAAUCUCUUCAAAUCAUUAACAGUACAACUUCAAGAUAUGCUAAAUAAAUGUAAAGGUGACUUACUGGAAGUGACGGAUGGCCGAUGCAGGGCGCAGCCCUCUCUGCUAGAAAACCUCGUCUUCUUUGUCGAGACCGUCUGUGUGGUCUUGUGGGUGUCCAGUCACUGCAGCGGCACGCUCCGACCGCUAAAGUCCAGUUUGCAGAAGAAGAAAAAGAAGAAAAAGGAAACCAGUACAGUGACACCAGUGGUGCUCUCUGGAUUCCAGGAGUUUACUGCCAGCCUGCAGACCCUUCUCAGCCAGGCAGUGGAGCAGAUCCAGGACCAGGAGAGCAGCCUGACGGCGCUGAAGCUUGAGGCCCUAUCUCUUGAGGGGCUCCCACAGGCUGAGGAUGAGAGGACCUUCAUAAAGGCCGCCAUGGACAAAGUGCAGAGCAGUUACCUGCGCUCACUGCAGGAGGUCGGAGAUCUGCUGCGCAAAAGAGCCGACACGCUAAAAUCCCUGAAGAUCUGAACCAUGGCUGUGAUCAGCACCACCCACACAACCCACAGUCCACAUCUCCUCAGUGCUCCCCGAAACACACUCACUCUCUUACACACUCACUCUCUUACACACUCACUCUUUUUCUUUCUGUGCUUCAGAAUGGUCCAGUCAUUUAUUUUCCUACUCCUUGCUCUUUCAUAUCUUGAACACACACACACACACACACACACACACACACACACACACACACACACACACACAGACAGCCACUCCCACAACUCGACUGCUUCCGCACAGCCAAUGACGCCACUCUGAGCCACCAAUCCAGUGAAUACACGCGUCAUCCUCUUCCUGGUGAACUAAACGGGCAAGCAAAUAAGCAAUUUUACAAGAGCUACUCUAUAAAUUAUUGUACAUAGUGUGAAGAUCUACGAAUAUCCGCGCCGAAGUUUCCAGAAUUAAAGUGAAUUCUGCUUUGUCCUUGUAGUUGUUGUGGCCUCCCUGUUACUACCUAGCACGAGCUGGCCCUCUCGGUAGCUUCUCCUCAAACGCGUUCGUUCGUCUAGCGCUCGUUCUUCGGUUCCGCUGACACAGCUUUUUCCCACCGAGCCCCAUGACCCCUGCGGGCAUCGACGCAGCCGUCCUGGGUGUGGCCGUAGAGCGGUCCCCCCCACCCUCCCAGGCCUCACAGGACCGCCCCGUCUCACCGUCGCUUCACGCGGCGUUAACAGUGGCCUUUGCGGAGGGGAGUGAACAUUGCUACAGAAAAGAAAUUUUCCAUUAGCAUUGAUCUUUUUUUUUUUUGUCCUCGUUACUAUGAGGUGAGCUUAUGUAGGGCACUGACAUUAUGGAAUACAUAAAGACCUCGUAACGCAAGGGCCGUGUAUACUGCAAGAUGUAGCUUUCGUACCUGCGGUUUGUUUUCAGCUGCAGGAAACCACCUGCGUGGUCCAUUAUUCACAGUGAGAAACACUUUCGUAGUGUCGGACAGUGAAAUAACGUCCAGUUACAUGCUCACGUUAUUGAAAAUCUGGAUGGUCAAAGUGGAGGCUCCUGUCUGACUCGACCAGGGGCGUCUGUUGUACUGCAUUACGAGUUUCAGUUGUUUAAAAAGGGGCCGAACACUUUUUUUAAAAAAAACAACAAAAAAAACGUUUACUGUUUAUACUGUUUAGGGAAAAUAUGUAAAUUGCACUGAGGUCCCUAAAAUUGUGAGGAUGAUUUUUAAUACACAAAGAAGUAUAUCAAAACAAAAGCAGCAUCACAAGUACAAACAUCUGAAGUAGGUUCCCCCCCCUCAUUUAACAAGGGGAUUACAACAUCAGGCUUAACUGUUUACAUGUUUCAUUAGAAAAAAAUGACAUUUCAUAUUUAUAGUGUGGGGGGAGUGUUCCACAGGCUAUAGCUUUGCUCUGCUUAGAGUUGUUUUGGGUAAAGGGGUCAAUUUCUUCUUUGUCAUUUUUUAUUUUAAUCUGAUGAGAGGAGAGAGGAUGGGUGAUGCGAAUGAGUUCUGAUGUUUGACAUUUGAAGCUCUCCAACUGAAACUCCAGUAGGCAACGUCUGGACUGAAGAGCUUGUACUGAGGUGCUGACAAUCUGUCAUCUCUCUCUACUUUCUUUUGUUAGGAAAAUUGAAAAUAAAAUAAAAACACUGGAAUGUGAAAGGAUGUUUUUUAAUAAAAUGUAAAUGUACCAAAAAUGAUUGUGUACAGUUGCCAUGUCAAAACAAGCAAUGCAAAGUUUUAGAAUGUAAUACUUAAGUAUAAUAAAUACAUAAUCUUAUGGCA